GCGAGAGAGAGGAGGGGGAAUAUAGCAGUAGCAGUAGGAGGAUCACCCUAUAAAGCUCAGAAGGACUUUGACUGUAAUAUAUUUGACUGUUGUGCUGUUGUGUGGAUGUAGUGUGUGAUGAUGUGGAGCUGACACAGGUGGGAAACAUCCGCGGUUCAGGGAACAGGCGUAAAGCGAGUUGCUGUUGCCAUAGUGACACCCCAGCGCUGUACAUAAUGGGUCUUCUGACGCAGCUCAGGCUUCUGCUGUGGAAGAACUUCACUCUGCGCAGGAGACAGAAGCUGCGGUUGGUAAUUGAGCUGGUGUGGCCCCUGUUUCUCUUCUUCAUUUUGGUCUGGGUGAGAUCUACCAACCAGCCCACCUAUAAAGGCCAGUGCCAUUACCCCAACAAGCCCAUGCCCUCAGCAGGAGUGUUGCCAUGGUUACAGGGCAUGGUGUGCAACAUCCAGAACCCAUGUGUCAGUCAGCCAACGCCGGGAGAGACACCUGGACAGGUCAACAACUUCAACAACUCAAUUCUCGCAAAGGCUCUGAUCGAGGUGCAGUCUCUCCUGGCUGACUCCACCUUCCUCUCCAACCUCAAACUGCUGUCUGGUGACAUUAACCAAUGGGCCUCCAUCCUUCAGAAUUCCAACCCAGCCAACGGUCGAUCGAUUUCGUUGCGCAGCGUGCUAAGAGAUAAUGAGACGUUCUCCGAAUACCUGAGGAGCAACCUGUCAGUGCCAACGCAAACAGCCCAGAGACUGACGAGCAUGAGAGUCCGACUCAAUCAGUUACCUGCUCUCUCAGCUGAGACAAACCUGCGCACUGCCUUGUGUAGCUCUGACUCUGUGGAUCGCUACCUGGAGUUUAACACGACCAUUCAGAGACAGGAAUUCCUGAACAUCACAUGCUCCCUGACGCCCAAUCAGCUUCUCCAAACCAGAGAGGUCCUCAUUCGUAAUCUGGACAACAGAAAGCUGGCGACCGCACUUCCUUUAGCACUGAACCUUAACCCAGCUGAGACGGCAGUGCUGCUGGCCAAAACUAGCACCCAUGCAGCUCCUGUGGCCGACCAGGUGUUAAAACUGCAGACCUCGACCAUGCUCAGUGCUGUUAACGUUCUCGACUUCCGUUCUAAUCCCUUCGGGAGUUUGACUUUGUUGAUGUGUGGUGGGGAUUCAGGCUUUAACUCAACCAAGAGCAGCAAUAGCAGCAGCGGCUCAAACCAAGGCUUUCGUUUACCGACUCAAUCCACAAAUGCACUCAGUUUAAACUCAACCCACGGCAACUCUAGUGUAUUCUGUCAGAAUUUGGUUGAUGUGUUGAAAGGUACGCCCUCUCUGCGUCUCUUCUGGACUACACUCCGCCCACUUCUCCAAGGAAGGGUCCUAUACACACCGGACACACCCUUUACACGACGGGUUAUUGCACAGUCCAACAGUACAUUCGAUGCUUUGUCUAAAGUGGAGGUGCUGGCUGAAACCUGGCUGGAAAAUGAAGAUGAAAUCUGGAACUUCUUCAAGAACAGCAACCAGAUCAACAGCCUGAGGACCAUCCUGCAGAACCCUCUGUUUGUGGCAGCUCUGGACCAGCAGCUGAACAGAACCUCACUGUCUUCAGCACUGAUCGCCAACUUCCUGUUUAAUGGGGAUGAGAAGGACCGGCCUGUGGGGAUGCCAUCGUUCGACUGGAGAAACAUCUUUAAUGCCACCAGUGAGGCUGCCAGAUUCCUCAAGGAGGUCAUGGGGUGUUUUGAUCUGGAUAAGUUUGAAGCCAUCUCCAGUGAGUCGUUGCUGGUGCAGCGCGCUAUGAAGCUCCUGGACGAAGAGAGGUUUUGGGUCGGGGUGGUCUUCACUGACCUCGACUCCCCCUCGCUGGUCAGAUACAAGCUCCGCAUGGACAUUGAGGACACAGAGAGGACAGAUAAGAUCAAAGACAGGUCCUGGAGACCAAGUGCUCGUGAUAACCCCUAUAAUGACCUGCGCUAUGUGAGAGGGGGGUUUGUGUACCUGCAGGAUAUGCUGGACCGUGGCAUCAUACGCACACAAACCGGUGUCCAGCAAACGCUGGGAGUCUACACACAGCAAAUGCCCUAUCCAUGCUAUGUAGAUGACGCCUUCGUGUCGUCCAUCGCCACCAUCCUGCCAAUGUUCCUGGUGCUGGCCUACAUGUACAUGGUGUGCCAGACCAUCAAAGGCCUGGUGCUGGAGAAGGAGAUGCGGCUAAAGGAGGUUCUGCGUGUGGUGGGUGUUCGGAACGGACCACUGUGGUUCGCCUGGUUCACAGAGAACAUGGUGCUGCUGACCAUUCCCUGCGCGCUCAUUAGUGUGAUGGUCAAGUAUGGAAAGGUACUGAAGUACAGCGAUCCGACUGUGAUAUUUGUCUUUCUGAUGGUCUUCUGUAUGGCCACAGUAAUGCAGUGCUUCUUCAUCAGCGUGUUUUUCUCGCGGGCCAAUCUGGCGGCCGCCUGCGGAGGACUCAUCUACUUUCUGCUUUACCUGCCGCACGUGCUCUGUUACGCCUGGAGAGACGUCAUCACCUUCAGGGCCAAACUCGCCACGAGUCUGCUGUCAUGUGUGGCAUUUGGUUACGGCUGUGAGAAUUUUGCACGUUAUGAGGAGCAGGGUGUGGGCAUCCAGUGGAAGAACAUAGGAAUCAGCUCUCAAGAGGAUGACCCCUACAGCUUCAUCGUCUCCAUCAUCAUGAUGCUGAUUGACACUCUGCUCUACUGGAUUCUCACCUGGUACAUCGAGAAUGUGUUUCCAGGACAGUAUGGGAUACCCAAGCCAUGGUAUUUUCCUUUCACCUCCUCAUACUGGUGUGGGACUCCGGUGGGCUCCUACAACGAGGCGGAACCUCUAGAUGCACUGGAGGGCCAAAAUGGUUAUCUGGAAAAGGCCUCUGCUGGACUGAAGCCUGGAGUGUCUAUAAGAAAUCUGGUGAAGGUGUACAAAACCGGAAAAAAACUGGCUGUGGAUAAGCUCAGUCUGGACUUCUAUCAGGACCAAAUCACUUCAUUCUUAGGACACAACGGAGCUGGAAAGACAACCACCAUGUCCAUUCUGACUGGGUUAUUCGCUCCCACGUCCGGCACAGCCUAUGUUAACGGCUUUGACAUCCGCACAGACAUGGACAGCAUUCGGAAGACGCUGGGCAUGUGUCCGCAACACAACGUCUUAUUUAAUGACCUGACCGUGGAGGAGCACAUCUACUUCUACGCCCGUCUGAAGGGAUGCAGCUCAGAGGAGGUAAAACAGGAGAUAGAUCAGAUGAUCAAAGACGUGGGACUGCCGCACAAACGCAAGGAGCUUGCCAAGAACCUUUCAGGUGGGAUGCAGAGGAAGUUAUCAGUCGCCAUUGCAUUUGUCGGCGGGUCCAAUGUAGUCAUCCUGGAUGAACCCACUGCUGGAGUGGAUCCAUACGCGAGGAGAGGAAUCUGGGAACUGCUGCUUAAAUAUAAAAAAGGCCGGACCAUCAUUCUGUCCACGCACCACAUGGAUGAGGCGGAUAUCUUGGGCGACCGUAUUGCGAUCAUCUCUCACGGUCGCGUGUGCUGCUGUGGCUCCUCCCUCUUCCUGAAGAAAAGCUACGGCAGUGGUUAUUACCUCACCCUCGUACGAACCAAUCAGGACAAAUUCAACAACCUAGACAAGCCGCAGAGUGACGGCACCAGUCUAGACGAAGGAAUCGGCUCAACCAGCAUCUGCAGCAUGGAGCCAACAGACGUAGCGGAUGUGAGCGGUCUGGUGCGGAGGCAUGUUCCAGAGGCGGAGUUACUAGAGAUCAUAGGUCAGGAGCUGGUUUACAUUCUCCCCUACACCGGCUCUAAAGAUGGCACCUUCGCUUCACUGUUCAAAGAGCUGGACCUGGAGAGAGAGAGGCUGGGCAUCAGCAGCUACGGCAUUUCAGAUACCACCCUGGAGGAGAUAUUUCUAAAAGUGGCAGAAGAGACGGGCGUAGAUGUUGAAACUACUGAUAAAAAAAAUGUACUGGAGCGAGACUGGAAGAGGAGCUCCAGAGAGUCCAGAACACGGAGCAUCAGUUCAGCCAUGCAGCAGAGAGAGAGUGAAGCAUCCAAACAUGGAGAGAAGAAGGGAAGGUUCUCAAAUCGAGUUGAAGACGGUGAGCGCUCCGUGUGUGUGAACGGUAAAGGCUCAUGCGUUAUCACUGGCUGGCCUCUAAUCAGGCAUCAGUUUCUGGCCCUGUUCAUAAAGCGUUUUCAUCACGCACGAAGAAGCAGGAAAGGAAUCAUUGCUCAGGUGGUCCUCCCGGCGUUCUUUGUGUGUCUGUCUCUGAUCUUCUCUCUGAUUGUCCCUCCAUUUGUGGAGUACCCCAGUCUGGAGCUGCAGCCAUGGAUGUAUGGAAAACCUCAGAACACCUUCUACAGUGCUGAUGAGCCGGCUGUAGCGGAGGUGGUGAGUGUGACGCGUUCCCUCCUGAAUGAGCCGGGGUUUGGCACACGCUGCAUGGAGAGCAACCCUAUACCUAAGUACCCAUGUGUUCCUGCUGGAGCAACAGACUGGUCCACUCCUGCUGUGGAUCCCUCCAUUCUGGAGAUCUUUACGAUCGGUAACUGGAGCAUGCAGAAUCCCUCACCAAAUUGCCAGUGCAGUACACCCCAGCGCAACAUCAUGCUCCCAGACUGCCCUCCUGGGGCUGGAGGAUUACCGCCACCUCAGAGAACACAGAACACGACGGACACUCUGCAUGACCUUUCUGGCCGAAACAUGACUGACUUUCUGCUGAAGACUUAUGCAAAAUCUGGAAAAAUACGUUACGGAGGGAUUUCUGUUGGAGGAGUGAACUCUCAAGUCAGAAUGAACGAGUCGGAGAUAACGGCGGCUCUUUUGGAUCUCAAAGCUCUCUUCAACUCAUCCCAGAAUGAUGUAAUCGAUAAGGUCUUCCAGGACUUGGAGACGUUGCUGAUAGAGCUCGGAACUAAAGAUAAUGUGAAAGUGUGGUUCUACAACCAAGGCUGGCAUGCAAUAGCAUCUUUCCUGAACAUAGCCACCAAUGCCAUCCUCAGAGGGAAUCUUCCAGCCAGACAGCAGCCAAAACUCUAUGGCAUCUCAGCAUUCAACCAUCCACUCAACCUCACCAAGCAGCAGCUCUCCGCAUUCUUGGCAUCCAGUUCCACAGAUGUGGUGGUGUCCAUCUGCGUGAUCUUCGCCAUGUCCUUCAUCCCAGCGAGUUUCGUCCUCUUCCUCAUCCAGGAGCGUGUCAGCAAAGCCAAACACCUGCAGUUCGUCAGCGGGGUGAAUCCUGCAGGCUACUGGGUGGCCAACUUCACCUGGGACAUGUGUAACUACAUUGUGCCGUGCAUCAUCGUCAUUGUCAUCUUCCUCUGCUUUCAACAAAAAGCGUAUGUGUCCCCUCCAAACCUGCCAGCUCUCAUCUUACUGCUGGUUCUCUAUGGCUGGUCGAUCACUCCGAUGAUGUACCCUGCCUCGUUCAUCUUCAGCGUUCCAAGCACAGCGUACGUCGUGCUCACCUGCAUCAACCUCUUCAUCGGCAUCAAUGGCAGCGUUGCUACCUUCGUCAUGGAGCUGUUCGAUGACCCGAACGUCACUCGUAUCAAUGACAUAGUGAAACAGGUGCUGCUGAUAUUUCCCCACUUCUGCCUGGGCCGAGGACUCAUCGACAUGGCUAAAAACCAGGCCAUGGCUACACUCUUCAGCAGCAUGGGUGAGGAUAGAUUUAAGGACCCACUGGGCUGGGAUAUGGUGGGGAAGAAUCUGUUUGCCAUGGCCAUAGAGGGUGUAGUGAUGUUUGGAUUUACGCUCCUCAUCCAGUACAAGUUCUGCUGGAAGCCCAGGUUGGUGACAGGGUUGCCGGUAGCAUCGGUGGAGGAGGAUGAAGACGUGGCUCGUGAGCGUGAGCGAGUGCACAGGGGUGGAGCCCAAAACGACUUGCUUCAAAUCUGCAACCUCACUAAGGUGUACUCUGGUAAGAAGGUUCCAGCUGUGGACAGGAUUUGCGUGGGUGUACCUGCUGCUGAGUGUUUUGGCCUGUUAGGUAUAAACGGAGCUGGUAAAACCACCACGUUUAAAAUGCUAACCGGAGACAUCCCAGCCUCUGGAGGAGAGGCUUUUCUCAAUGGAUACAGUAUCCGUACAGAGAUGAGCCAAGUUCAUCAGAAUAUGGGUUACUGUCCUCAGUUUGACGCCAUAGAUGACUUGCUGACCGGACAAGAGCAUUUGGAAUUUUAUGCCCGACUCAGGGGGGUUCCAGAGCGGGAGGUCACCACGGUGGCGCAGUGGGGCAUACAAAAACUGGGUCUUGUGAAAUACUCCAGCAAAUCUGCUGGGACCUACAGCGGAGGGAACAAACGCAAGCUCUCCACAGCCAUGGCUCUGAUUGGCUGCCCGCCUCUCGUAUUUCUGGAUGAGCCGACGACAGGAAUGGACCCGAAAGCUCGCCGUUUCCUGUGGGACUGCAUCCUGAGCGUGAUCAAAGAGGGACGCUCCGUCAUCCUCACCUCACACAGUAUGGAGGAAUGUGAGGCUCUGUGUACUCGGAUGGCGAUCAUGGUCAAUGGUCAGUUUAAGUGCCUGGGCAGCAUUCAGCAUCUGAAGAGCAGGUUUGGGGAUGGUUAUACAGUGAUCGUGCGAGUGCAGGAUGGUCCGGCUGAUUUGGGCUCAGUGGAGGACUUUGUGUGCCGCACGUUCCCCGGCAGCGUCCUGAAAGAGAAGCAUCACAACACCCUGCAGUACCAGAUCCCCCACACAGAGGGCGCUCUCUCUCACAUCUUCAGUGAGUUCAGCAAACACCAGCAAGCGCUAGGAGUGGAGGACUAUUCCGUCUCUCAGACUACACUGGACCAGGUGUUUGUGAAUUUUGCCCGGCUUCAGCACGAUACCGAGGACGGAGUGUAUGAGAAUCCGGUGGACCUGAGCGAUGAGAUUCCAAUGCAGAGAUGCUGAUACACAUACACACUCAUACACAUACAAGACAGCUUAGAUGUGCACUUCGUUAAUAACCUUAAAGCCUUUUCUUUUAACAUGAAACAAGUACUGUUUUACAUAAGAGACCUCAAGAAUUGGAGAAAGAAUAAGUUCUUGUUAUAAUCACAUUUCAUGUGCUGAUUUCAACAGAUUAUUUUUCUAUAUGUCAUAUUUUUGUAUCAUUUAAUUCAAUUGAAUGUUAUUUGCAAAGCACUUUUUACAACAGGUUCUAUUCAAACUCAGCUUUUACAUGAUCAGGUUAAACAUUUUAAGCCUACCUGUGGUUCGUCGCUACAGGUAGGACAUGUUCUUUAUUCACAUAUCGCCUAGCAUGAAAGCGCUGCCAAAGCCAUACUAUUUCUAUAUGGACCAGUUCACACAUGAAAGGGUCAAACUCUUCACAGCUUAAAGGGCAUCGUGCUAUUACACAGUGAUUUUCCUGAUGAGAUUCCACUCCAGUUUCCUCCAUGACUUUUUAACUCCAGACAUCACUCCAAAUGUCCCAGUGACUGAACACGAAACCUCACUAACCAUUCAUAGCCAUAUGCACUGAUAGGGGUGGGCAAUACAUGAUAUGAUAUUGUUAUUGUGAUAAAUAUUAAUGUCCUUAGUAGAUCAUGGGUAUUAUCAUUACUUCUAGACUGAUGAAAACAUGUAUGUGUCAUAAAAAGAACUAGUUAUAGUUAAAACUAUACUCAAAAAUAACUGGUUAUACUUCCGGGGGGAUAACUCGCAUCCAGCCAGUGUGGAAGUAGCUCAAUUUAUGGCACUAUCGACAAUAUUCAAGCAGAACAGUUUAAACAUUGACAAUAAUGGUAAAAUUAGGUUGGGUUUGAGGCUGUAAUGUCAAAAAUACCCACAUAUGUGAUGGAUUUUAUUAACAAUUUCUCAGCUUUAAACUUUUGAACAGUUUGCACGGUACAGCUGAAGCAGUGUUAAUCCCAGCGAGGGGUUGUCUGUCUUUGCUAACACUCCAAAGUUAUUACAGCUGAAGCUAAUAAAACUAAAGCCAAUGCAAAUGAAGCUAACCAGAAUUGGCUAAUUCUUUACAUUUCCCGAUGAGCAUGAAGUUGCCAGCACUAUUACACAAGCAAUAAGUGCACCACAGUGUAAUAUGUUGCGAUGAGACGGCUGUUUCUAGAGUUAUCACUCUGUAGAGAGUUCGACAUGUGCAAGUUCAGCAGCUAACACUAUUAGCAUUUGUGCUAGCAACUACAGAACGAGUGUUGCACUUUCACAGAAAGAUAAAAGCUUUGUUUGAUGCAAACAAUGCAGCAGCUUUAGCAUUUCAUUUCAUGCAUUAAGGUAGUUAACUAAUUAGCCUAGUUUGAUGCUGUAGAGUGAAAUGACUGAAAGGAUUAUGAACUGCUUAAGAAUGGCUAUAAUAACGGUUCCAUCUCUUCCUUGAGCAGGUGGAAAAUGAGCUAGACCAAUAGGUGUAAGUUUGGUUGGUUCCCGUUUGGCUCAGUUCUUAUUUUUGAAUGUGCAACGAGAAAAAAACCCUUGUAACGUGAAGGUUUCUUUAUUAAACACUGCUAUUACAUGUGUGGCUGGUGCAUGCUCAAGGUUAUACAACAAAAAAUGAACUACACAAGGUCAGAAAGUUAUUGAGCUUAGAAGAUAUGGUUUAAAAAGCUGUUUUUCCAGUAUCUUGGCUAAGUCUUCGGAUAAGUGCAAAAUCCUGUAGUGCCAGUGCAGAGCUGCCUGCGUUAUCCUCCCAGAAGUAAAUUUUUUUGCUGCUGUGACGAAACACUGAUUUGUCCUAUAGAGGGCCUGUUAAUAACCAGUAUGCAGCAACUGCAUAGUAACAAGUAGCUGAUUGGAUUAUCUGACAUCAUCUCACUGGUUUAUUUAUGUUUAUCCUUUGUUUCUGCAUAAAAAGUGCAUUUUUGUGAAAAAACAUCAUGAGGUCAUAGUUUUAUGUAAAUGUGUUGCUGUUCUUUUUCCUGUUGCAACUUCCAAUUCACAAAGAAAGGAAAUAUUAAGAUGCAUAUUUUGUAUAGCAAAAAUGCCUUCAAGCACCAUGAUGGUACAGUUUUGAUAUAUCCACAACCCUAAGACACUUUUCUACUGUGAAAUGCUAGAAAGUAUUUAUAUAGUGAUAAAUUCUGCCUUACUGUGUACCACCUGACACUAUUUAAAUACGUAUGUAAAGACUAAAUGGUCACAGAUUUAAAUUGCAUAUUGGAUUUUCACUUUUUAAUACUCAUUCUUUCCUAGAAAGUAAUCUAUAGUGUUUGGUCAAAUACUUGUGAACUGCUUUCUGGAUAUCUGGCUUUGACUCCGAUUGUACACUGUCUGUCAAAAUAUUGCAGAUACCUUACCUCCUUAUCUUGUGAGUGCUUGGUUUUCACAGCCGCUUUUCAGUUAAAUAAGAAAAAAGACCUACAAAGGUUUUGUUGACAAAGUAUUUGCUUUUUUUCAUUUUUCAAUGACUUUUUUCUUCUAAGCUACUUGUGAGCACACAUCGAAACUUCCAUCACAAUGCAUCACAUCACACACUGUGACAUUGUGCUGACAUAAGUCAAUAAUCAAGAUCUGAACGACUAUUUAUUAUGUUCAGCUGCGAGACGAUAAAGAAAUCAUCAUCGCUUUGAUUCAAAAUAGCUUGAAAAGGUGUCCCCAAACUUUUGACAUUCAGUACACUGCUUUAGUUUCAGUAUAGCUCAGGGAAUUGCACUAAAAUGUCAUCAUUCAGCAUCACGCAUGUACUGUAAUAUACUGUACUGUAUGUAAUGAUGUUGGCUGGAAGGCUGGGGCGUUGACUUAUUCAUGCACUGCCCACCAAUGCAUUUCUGUCUUUACAGCUUUACAGAACAUCACUGAAAAUCCCACUCAAGUUAAUGCUAAACUGUAUCGGUUUUUGUGAAAAUGUCUAAAUUUGGAGUAUUAUCAUAACCUUCUAUUGCACAAUGUUGCCUCAGGGCAACAAACCCAUUUUCCUAACUUUACAAUAACUUAAUACAUGUUUAAUCUCAGUGAAAGGGUUUAUAGCGAGGGUAAGAGUUUGAAUAUAUCAUUAAAAUGGGUGUAUUUUGCGUUUAUCCCCUCAGAAAAACAUUUAUUGUUUAACAAUAAAUUUGACAGUAAAUAAUUUUUAUGUUAUGAGAAGCUGCUGAAACAGUUUUGUCGCCUAGAAGCAACAUUGUGCGCCAGUGGAAUGGAUUUAGCCAAUUACAAAGUCGCUUACGCAGAUGUGACUCUAAACUCUGUCAAACUACAUUCAUUCUUUUGAGUGGCGUCAGGAUAUUCUUUAAGGCUUGUCCAACCAGGCAACAGUUGCCAGGAAACCUUGCAUUUGUGGGCACAGCAUGGAUAUGUCAAUUACGUGAAGUAACUGGCACAUAGCACUUUUAAACACACACACUUACUCGCACACACCAAUCUACUCCACUACGGUUUACUUUUCAUUUAAAUGGGCUGCCUCUUUCCGUGCCUUGCUGUCGUGUCCUCGUUGAAGCCUGAUGUGUGUUUGUCCUACAGAUUGCUCUGUGCAGAAACACAUGAUUAAACAUUUGCACGCA